UGUAAUUGCAUCACGCAGUAUACUUGAGCAGCAAUCAUGAAGAACACUACACGUUUGACGCUGUGUUGUUGUCUUAUUUUGUUGGCGAUCGCGACGCCACGCGUUUUAUCCGAUGAAGAUGAAGAGCAGGUAGCCGAAGAAGAACAGACCACACAGCCACCGGAAGGUGAAGCGGAAACGAACGAGGGCGAAGCACCGGUUACGGAGCAACAGCAGGAGGAAACGGAAGGAUUGGAAUCGAUUCAGGGCCUGUUGCCGCAGCAGAUCAACAUUCUUCUUGCACCGACGGCCUGCAAACCGGGCUAUCGUGUCGAUCAUAAGGGCAAGUGUCGCCCCUCUCUGUGA